CGAGCAAUAAAAGGACUUUGGACCCCGGUGGAGGCUCCGCCCACUGUGCCUCAACAGUCCGGCGUGGUCUUUGGUCAGCCACGAGCAGAGUACACCCUCCAGAGCAGAGACGUCAUAAUCAGCAAGCCGCGGCCCGCCCCCGGGCGGGUGCAGGAGCAGACAGGAAACCAAGGAAGGGACGAACCAUUUGGCUGCUCGUGGAGUUGAGGAGAGGCACAUGACUUUUUUUUCUCUCGCAGGGGAUCAACAUUUCAACGGCAAAAGACUGAAAACAUGAUUGACAUGAGGAUUAUUGUGUGUUCAGGACAGCUUUCUUGUGCGGAACGGGAGGAGGACUUUGGAUACUAAUACAGUCACUUUGAGGAGUUGCUGUAUACUUUCCAGUACAAAAGACAGUCUUCAACACCCUCGCUAAAUGAAAUACUCGUUUUACCUUUCGCUGGUUGGAUUAAUAAACUGCACCUGGAUUUUUUUAUGACUUGACACAGGUAAACGGGGGAGGGGAACCUAUUUACUCUGCACGCCGUACAGACCUAUCAACCAGAUUUAAAAAAUGUCCAGCAUGACACAAUUUAACUUCACUCCGAAUUCUUGCAACAAGAGUGAUGACUUCAAGUACCCUCUGUACAGCUCGGUUUUCAGCCUUGUGUUUAUUAUCGGACUUUUCUUCAACAUGGUGGCUGUGUACAUUUUCGGCUGCACGCUGAAGCUGCGGAACGAGACCACAACCUACAUGAUCAACCUCGUAGUUUCAGACUGCCUCUUCGUCCUGAGCCUGCCGUUUCGGAUUGUUUACUUCAUCAAGCGGGACUGGGUGUUUGGAAGCGUGCUCUGCAAGGUCUCGGUGGCCCUGUUCUACACCAACAUGUACGGCAGCAUCCUCUUUCUCACAUGCAUCAGCGUGGACCGUUUCCUGGCCAUCGUGCACCCGUUUCGGUCCCAAGCAAUACGUACCAAGAGGAACGCCAAGCUGGCCUGCUGUACGGUUUGGGUGAUGGUUCUCUCUGGAAGCAUACCCACCGGGUUCCUUUUGGACACCACUUCGCCCAACUCCUCUUCAAACUUCUGCUUCGAAAACUACUCCAAAAAGCAGUGGAGGGCUGAGCUGUCCAAAGUGGUGAUUUUUAUCGAGACCGUGGGCUUCAUCAUCCCCCUAUUGGUCAACGUGUUCUGCUCAAUCAUGGUGGUGUGGACGCUGAGUAAACCCCACGCCAUCAGUCGGGGGGGGAACCUCAACAAGAGAAAGAUCUUGAGGAUGAUCAUCGUGCAUCUGCUCAUCUUCUGCUUCUGUUUCAUUCCCUACAACCUCAAUCUCAUCUUCUACGCCUUGGUCCGAACCAAUGUGCUUCAGGGGUGCAACGCGGAAAACGUGGUCCGGACCAUCUACCCCAUCGCGCUGUGCCUGGCAGUGACCAACUGCUGCUUCGAUCCGGUCAUUUACUACUUCACUUCAGAGACCAUUCAGAGCUCCAUCAAACGCAAGUCCACCAUGUGGCACAACGGUGCCAAGCUAUUGGACAGGCUACACAUGGACAGCACACAAAACAGUCCAAGUACAACACCUAAACACCUGACAAUUCUGAGAACGAAAGUGUUUGACAGUGAGUCUACAAUCUAGCCGCGGCUAUGGUUGCGGGUCGUGAUUAAUGCUUCCGUCAUUGCUGGUGAAAUCCGAGCACGCAGGUGGAGGCCGAGAGGCUUGUGGAUCAUGACACACAAACACCAUGGUUACAAGGAGUCACUCCCUCACUCUACGCCACAGAGAGUUAAGACUUUCAUCUUCAGAGUGGAACGUGUGUUGCCGGCUAAAAGACUCUUUAUCAAGGUGCCAACGCAACACAAACACGCUUAAGAAAGUUAUUGUUGUGGGUUGAUGAUGUGUAUCAUUGCCGAUGACUGAUGUGUGCAUGGUGCUGCACGUAAUCAGACUCAGACAAUUUGUCUUAUUCCUCAGAGCGGAUUCUCGUCAUUCUUAAGUAUUAUAACUUUUGUGUGUACUGUACUGCUCUUAAGGCCCUUCAUAGAGGACAAUGCUCCAUCCCAGCUUCAUCAGCUAUAACGCAAAUAAAAGUUGUUUACUUAAAAAAAGG